AUGUCAAAUAGUCACUUAUUUCUUAAAUCAUGCUUUCCUCGGGCACCGCUACAAAAUGGACUUGGGAGAUACGUUUGCCAACUUCAAAGAGUAACUUUAAAAUUUUGCAAAAAUAAUGGAUCAAGCAAGGGGAUGCGAGAAUUCAUUGAAAACAAUCUCGUGGAUUUCGCCAAAGAGAAUCCUGGGGUAGUGGUCUAUGUAAAGCCAAGACGGCACCGCACACCGGUAUUGGUUGGAGAGUAUUUAAAUGGUGAACGGGAAUGGCUGAACUGUCGUAACACGACAAAAGAAGACAUAUUAAAAUGGAUUGAAUUUUUAAAAACCCAAAAUGGACCUUCCAGUUCGAUGAGAUUGCGUAAAAUGUGGCACACAGAUGUUCCUUCUAUUCAGGGUCCUUGGACACCAUUUACGAUUCGUAAUCCUGAGAUGAACUUAGUUAGUUUUCCAUCUACAGAGCACUCACAACCUUUAGAUAUCGAAAAGUCGGCUACUGAAAAAUUAUUAGAAUUGUACAAAGAACAAAAACAACACUGA